AUGAAAACCUUAUUUCUCAUUGCGUUGUUGGCAGUAAUUGUUUGCACAAGUGUUAACUGCGAGAAUGAUAACGAAGACUUCGUCGCUGAAAUUUUGAAACCCAGAGGCUUUCGUGUGUCCAUUGAACACGUACGUGGAACCCAAGAGAUCACCUUCAAUGGGAACCUUAACGACGACAUAGAGCGUGAUGUAACUGGACUGUUCACCGGAACCUUUGCACUGUCAGACGAUCGUUGGGUCUAUGAAAAUCUUGAUGCGCAUCUAAGUCCCGGGGACAACGUUUACUAUCGAGUAGUGAUGACGAUUAACGGAGAGAAAUUCCGCUUUUGGAGGCAAUUCCACGUACCACGGGAUGACCAGAGUGUUUAAGUUUUUUUUGCAACACAACCAGCUAUCCACUCCGCUAACAAGAAUCCAAGAACAAUUGCAUGAUUCUACAUGACGUAGGUUUUAUAUUCCAGUGUUUGUAAAAAUCUAUGCUAGUACAGUUGCCUUUCUGGAUAAUUGAUAUUUAUUCAUUUGGGCUGUUACCACUGGUAUAAAUAAAUCAAUUGGUACCUGAUCAUCUUACCAAAUAUAUCGUACACAAAAAACAAAUACGAUGGUCACCGUAAAUACAUACAUACAUCGUCUAAUAACCAAUAUAUAACGUAGCACACAACCUGUCGAGUUACUUUAGAAUAGAAUGUUACAAAAAUGUUAUGAAAAGUUACAUUACGGUGAUGUUACACCUGAAUAAUUGUUAUUACGGUAUGAUACGAUGAUGCUAAUAUAAUCAGUUACGUCUAACUAAAUGGUAUGCCGUAUUUCACGCCAUGGUGACACCGACAAAUAUGCAGGUACAUCUACCAGGUGUCAUCAGUUGACAAAUAAAACAAUGGAUCGAUA